AUGACGACUCCAGCAGGAACAGCUCCAAAGGGUGCACUCACCGCUGCAAUCGCAGAAGAUCACCAAGAGAUGUACGAAUACUUUGAUCAAUACAAGACUGCACGUUCUUCAGGUGAUUUGGAUGCUGCUGAGCGGUGGGCUCGGCAAUUAAUCUGGGAGGUGGCGAGGCAUGCGGUCGGGGAAGAGAUCGUCGUAUAUCCGCUUAUGGAGAAACAUUUGGGUGAAAGAGGUCUGAGUCUUGCGAAUCAGGAUCGGGAGGAUCAUCAGUUCGUGAAAGAAAAGUUAUACACACUCGACAGAACAAGCAUCGAGUCUCCUGAAUACGACCCGCUAUUGAACGAAGUGAUGUCCCAUCUCCACACACACAACGAUAACGAAGAGACCAAGGACCUUCCGCUUCUCGAGCCAGUCCUUGGCGCAGAAAAUAGCGAGAAAGAAGCAAGGAGCUUCAAAGUUACUAAGAAAUUCGUUCCUACACGGCCACACCCAUCAGCUCCGAACAGACCUCCUCUCGAAACAUUUGCAGGGUUCCUCGCUGCACCGAUUGAUAAACUCAAGGACAUGUUCGCAAAGUUCCCAACGGAAGAGAUGAAGGAACAAGUCGAAUCUUGA